AUGUACGUGAGUUAUCUUUUGGAGAAGGAACCCAGCAUGUACCCAAAUCCAGUGCGACAUCCCAGCCUCAACUUGAACCAUCAGAACUUUGUCCCUGCACCUCCGCAGUAUUCGGAUUUCAGCGGAUACCACCACGUUGCUGGGAUUAACAAUGACCCUCACCACAGCCAGACGGGGGCCUGGAACCCCGCUUACCCGCCGAGCCGGGAAGAGUGGUCACCCUAUGGGCCGGGGACAGGACCGUCCACAUCUAAUCCGGGGCCAAUAGGGUAUAGUCCCCCAGAGUUCUCUCCAGUCCCACAAUCCGGUCUUCUCCCGUCUAUCAACUCAUCUGUUGGGCAGCUGUCUCCCAAUUCUCAGCGCAGAAACCCUUAUGAUUGGAUGAGGCGGAGCGUACCACCGGCAAAUUCAGGUGGUAAGACAAGAACGAAAGACAAGUACCGGGUGGUGUACACAGAUCACCAGCGGUUGGAGCUGGAGAAAGAGUUCCACUAUAGCCGCUACAUCACCAUCAGGAGGAAAGCAGAGCUGGCCACGUCUCUCAGCCUCUCAGAACGACAGGUAAAAAUCUGGUUUCAGAAUCGGCGUGCCAAAGAGAGGAAAGUGAACAAGAAGAAGAUGCAGCAGCCUCAGCCUGCGUCCACAACAACACCUACUCCCCCAGGCUCUGGCAUGCCUGGCAACGUUGCCAUGGUGACCAGCAGCAGUGGCGGCUUAGUGUCUCCGUCUAUACCAAUGACUAUCAAAGAAGAAUACUGA